UGCAAGAAGUGCCACGCGCAGUUCUACAAGUGCCGCAGCGUCCUGCGCACCUUCAUCCAGAGGGUGAACGCGUCUCCCACGGGCCACGCCAAGGCCAAAGGGAAGUACGUUGCGUUUCUCUGUUCCCGCUCGUUUAGCACAUUGCCGUGUGGGAAUUCCCUGUGGGAUUCCCACGCGGCGAAUCCCUGGGAUCAGGGAUUUUUGGGCCCCUCACGGUCGCUCCGCUCUUGCAGGAGCAGCUCUGCCCAGGCGCAGCCCGGCGCUGACGGAGCCGCCUCCUGCCUCGCCGACGUGGUGCUGGGCAGCGCUGUCUGCGCCCUGUCCCCACGCCGUGGUCCCCAAGGCGCAGGGCUGGCCGCUGCCGUCAACACCCCGUGUUUAUUUGUGCUAAACCCAAACCCUCCUGUGCACAAGGAAGGGCCUCCCCGCGGGGCCGCGGGAGCAUCGGGAGCCCCUCCGGGCCGCGCGCCCCGGUUGGCCUGGCUUCUGCGGUGA